CAACUGCGAUUCCUUACUAGUGGGGGUCCGGUUUCAUAGAGCUGUUAUAUGUGGACAGCACAGAAACUUUUAAAAAGAGUUUAUUUUUGUUGUGUUACGCCAUAUAUUAAGAGAAGACAGUCCAUCCAUCAUAAAUGAGUGAGAAGGAUGUUAGUGCUAACCCACCACCAUCUCCUGAGACUCUCAAGGAGAAAAGUGCAAGCCACAAACGUCUCAAUCCUCCUGUUCCAUCAACUAAAUCCAUUCCAGGCACCGAGACAGCGGGUCCCCCUCUCUCCAAUUCUGGCAGCCCAGACCAACCAUCUAAAUCCACCCCAUCAAGUCAAGAUACUAAAUUAAAACAAACUAAUGUUAAAACCUCAAACCUUCCAGCCAGAACAAUACCUGAAAAACCAGCAACACCCAAACCUGCCCCUACAUCAUCACAUAUCGCUAAAACUACUCCAACUAUGCCAGCUACAACAUCUUCUUUACCAUUAUCAAAAUCAAAAUCGUCUCCUGAUGACCCAUCCACACCCAGCAUCACCAUUUCUGCUGAUCCUACACAAUCUACAUCUCCUCCUGAAGGUUCGCUGUCCUCCACCAAAACACCUGCAGCGGGUUCCAGUAAACUCCCACGUCAACGGAGCUUUUUGGCUGCAGCCCAGAAGGUGAUGAUGCAGGAGAAAAUAAGAAAGGCUGAGGAACAGGCCAUGGCUGAAGAAUGUGAUGAUAUGGAUGAAGAUCUGCCUUUUGAGGAACUCCUGGAGAAAGCUGAGGCUGGAGACCCUAGAGCACAGAGUAGACUCGGUAAAUACUACCUUAAACUAGCAGAAGAAAAGGACACAGAGACAAAUACCCUUGCAGCUGUUGAAUGGUUUAUGAAGGCAGCAAAACAAGGUCGGAGGGAUGCAGCCAAACUACUUCAGAAAUGCUGGAUCCAAAAUAAAGGCAUCACACCAGAGAAUGCACAGGAAGUGAGAAGGCUGUCCUCAGAGAGUAAGUUUGAACAGGCAGUGAGGAGAGCAGCCAUGUCGAUGUAUUGGAAACUCAAUCCUGACAGAAAGAAGAAAGUAGCCAUGUCGGAGAUGCUGGAGAAUGUCAGUCAGGUCAAUGCUGUACCAGGUGAAGCUGCUGUAUGUGGUGUAACACCCAGCAUUCAUACUCAGAGGAAAAUCCUGGAGACCAUGGUGUCUAAUGAAGCCGGCUCUAAGUUUGUGGAUGUGGAAGAUUUUGUAGAGAUGACAAAAAAGUUCACAGAAGGCAUUGCGUGUACUCCCACACUGAAAACCUCAGGCGUAGAUGCAAAGGAAGAGGAGAAGAUGUUAAGGAAAAGUGAUGAAGCCCCAUUUGAAAUGGAAAAAAAUGAAUUAACCCCCGUCGCUCAUAAGCGUCAUCGAACGUCCAGUUGGGCAAUGUCAGGCAGCGGGAUGAUAUUGGCUACCAGACGUAGUGGUGCCAUGAAGAGAGCUCUGGACAUAAAAUCCCAUUUCUUGGGUCUGCAGUACCCUCUUCAUUUGAUUAUUGAGAUGAAGGAACUAUUAAUUGACUGGGCAUCUCGUGCUGGUGUCCAGUGGCUGAGCACCAUCAUCCCGACGCAACACGUCAAUGCCCUUAUUUUCUUCUUCAUCAUCUCCAAUCUCACAAUCGAUCUGUUUGCCUUUGUCAUCCCGCUCGUCAUCUUCUACCUCUCUUUUAUCUCUAUGGCCAUCUGUACACUGAGAGUCUUCAAGAGUAGUAAAGGAUGGGAGAACUUCAGUGCCCUUACUGCCCUCCUCACACGCUUCGAGCCCAGCCUGGAUGUGGAGCAAGCCGAGUCCAACUUCGGCUGGAACAACCUGGAGCAGUACCUCUACUUCAUGAUAUCAGUGUUCUUUAUGAUCUUCACCUUCCCAGUAGCAGAUAAAGGCUGGAUCCCGUGCUCGGAGCUUUCCACCGUGGCCAUCUUCUUCACCGCAAUGAGCUACAUGAGCCUGAGCCCGUCAGCGGCAGCUUACGCACGAAGGGCACUCAUCAUCGAGGUGGCGUCAUCUUUGUGUGCCUUGACCAGCAGGUUGCCAAAGGAAAUGGCGAUGGCCAGGAUGCUGGGACAUAUUUUCACAACCAUCCCUCUUGGAGAAUCGCUGGUGCUGGAGCUCAGUGUACCCUGUGUGCUCUACAUCUACCUUUUCUACUUGUUCUUCAGUAUGGCACGCAUGAGGGGAUUCAGAGGGACGUACUGCUUCCUGGUGCCCUACCUGGUCUGCUUCGUGUGGUGCGAGUUCUCUGUGGUCCUGCUGCGGAACUCCACCACCAUUGGCCUUAUUCGCACUUGCGUGGCCUACUUCCUCUUCCUGUUUGCCUUACCCGUUUUGGCUUUGGGUCUGAUGGCGAUGCUGCUGAUUCAGAUGGUUAAGUGGUUCCUGGAGUUGGAGCUGACUAAGAUGUUGGUGACGCUGGCAGUGUGCGCCGUCCCUGUAAUCCUGCGGCUUUGGACUCGAUUUAGCCUGUCCAUCCUAAAAGUCUUCCGUUCCAUCACCCACAGAGGUCCGGUCAAACUGAUCCUCCUGUGCAUCACUUCUGUGAUUUUACUCUGCGGCGUCUAUGUCUAUCACGCUGAAGGUCUGAAGGUGUACAACUCCACCAUCACCUGGCAGGAAUACGGUACGGUCUGCGGCCCACGUGCCUGGCAGGAUCGCGGGAUGGCCCAAACACAGCUCUUCUGCAGCCAUCUGGAGGGUCAUCGUGUCACCUGGACAGGAAUAUUCCGUCGUGUUCGAGUAGCUGAGAAGGAAAACGGAGCUCAGUCUGUUAUAAACUUGCUACCGGUGUUUAUGGGAGACUGGUUGCGGUGUCUCUAUGGUGAGGUUUAUCCAAAGUGCGAACCACAGAAUAAUACGUCUCCGCUUGAGAAUGUCACGGGAGUCGAGCCUGUCAAUGUCACAAUGCUGUUCUUCCAGCAGGAAGAGGAGGAGCUCUGUCGGAUAAAAGCAUUUGCUAAACACCAAUGCCACGUUAAACGCUUCGACAGUUACCGCUUUGAGGUGACGGUUGGCAUGCCAGUGGAUGGGGUCACACAAUUUGACGAUCCUGCGGGUGACAUCCUCUUAAUGGCGAGCCACGAGUUUAAACAGGUGUUGCUGAACCUCGAUCCAGGCAGCUUGGUAGAGUUCAGCACAAAGCUGGAGGGGAAGUUGGGCACCAAACUGCCUGCAUUUGAAAUGAAAGCCAUACACUGUCUGGACUGCAGCUCGUCAUUGGUGCCUGAGGGACGACAGGUCAAGAUUGAACGAAACUGGAGGAAAACCAUGCUUAGAGCCAUUAAAUUUGCAUUUGACUUCUUCUUUGCUCCCUUUCUCUGUGCUAGGAUCAAUGUGUAGAGAAGGAGUAGAAAAAAGAUGACAGAGAUAUAGAAAUAUCAGUCAUAGUCAGAUUGUUUGGAGUUUUGUCCUAUUCAGAGUCGGAGAAAUUUAAAAGAGCUGUUAAACUCCAAACACAAUUUGCACACUUUCCUGGAUUUUUUGGUUUUUUUAACAAAUGAUUCAUUUGUAUGUUAUGUUAGAGAUCAUGCGUUAUUCUUGUGCAUUGGGAAAAUUGUGGAAUAUUUUUUAUCAUUUAUAGCUUCCUUUUCCUUAGCUAUUAUAACAUUGUAAAUUCUUUGAAACUUCACAACCAAUUAAUUUCUUUUCUUUUUUUAAAUGCUCUUUUUUACUCUUUAAUGCUUACCUGUUUGAUUUAAUAUCAUUACAAUUUACAAUAUCUAAAAUAUUGUCACAUGAUCCUUCAGGUCAAAUAUUAUCAUGCGAGUACUGGAGUACUGGCUGCUGAAAAUUUAGCUUCAUAGAAAUAAAUUAAAUGUUUAUUUUACAUUUCAUUAUAUUCUACAAUAAUACUGUGUUUUUGAUCAAAUAAAUGCAGCUGGUAAAUGCUUUUUUAAAAGCAUAAAAAAACCUAUUAUUCUACAUCUUUGACUGGUAGUGUAAACGAUUCAUGACAGUUCUAUUAUAAAAUGUUAAGUUAAUGUAAUAGGUCUAAAAAAAUUGUUCAUCACAAAUUACAUUUAAUUAUAAUUUACAAAUGUUAAAAAUGAAUAAUUUAAGUUAUCUUUUGAGUGUUUUUCCAACUGCCCUCAUUCCACAGAUUAAUCAUGCUCCUUAGCCUGCUUUACUUAAUUGAUAAUUCUCUGUAUUCAUAGCAUUCUAUUCAAUUGCAGAAAAAGCAGCGAGGUAUGCCACAAUGCCUAAAGAUAUCUGAUGCACGUUUACAUACAAAAAUGUUUAUGAUCACGACCUUAUGUGCAAUGGAGCUUUACUCGCAUAUUAGUACGUUAAAAAGUUUUUGGAUAGGACUUUAGAUUUUUUUUUCUUGAAUAAGAAUGCAUGUAAUUCUUGCCUAGUAUUUAGAGUAUUUCUCAAAUGUAUUUCUCCGUCAAAUGUAUUUAUCUAUUAUUUGUUAGUUCAACUUUUUUCCCUUUUAAAAACAUUUGAGUCUAUAUCAUUGAUGAAAAUCUGCAUACACUCAUACAGCUCACACUCUGUCACACGCCGACGAAGUCACCAUUUGUUAAAACCAUCUUCACACAGAUGUUUUGCUUAAAGGCUCUAUGGCAAGUGGAUGUAAAACCUGUUUACAUUAUGUUUGGUAUUAGGUUUUUAUUUUUGUGAAAAUGUAAAAAUGAAUUAAAGUGCCUUAAAGAUUCACA